AUGAGUUCCCCUGACCCACCCCCGGAUCUGCACAGAGGGGAGGGGGGGAGAGAGAGGGUAGGGGAGGGUCAGAGCAACGGUACAGGAGCAGACAGGAGGAGAGUCCUCACCGUUUCCGGAGCUAUGGUUGAGCUGAGCCGUCACACUGCUCCUCACACUGCUCCUCACACUGCUCCUCCCACUGCUCCUCAGACUGGGCUGGCCGGUCUCUCUGCUCCUCAGACUCACAGAGGUCCUGGGAGGGGGGGUCUGAGGCUGGGUCUGGGGCUGGGAGCAGAGGGCCGCAGCCUCAGUCAGGGGCCGUCCCAGCAGGGAGGGGGGAGAGGCACAAAGGCCUGA